GCAAGCUACGCAUCCUUCUGCUGCUGCUGUUGCUGCUGCUGCUGUUGCGUUCUCUUCCUCUUCUUCUUCUUCCUCUGCUUCGUCUCCGUCCGUGACGAAAUCACAACGUCCGUCCCUCUGCUGAACGCCGCCAACCCAGAAAGCCAUCAGACUUGGCCUGCUUCCACCAAGCAUUUGCCUUGGCCUACCUACUUGCCUCCUGUCUACCUACACCCCGUCUCCAUCUCCCUCGUUCUCUUCUUCUGCCGUUCUGCGAAUUUCUUUCCUCUGUUGUGCUCACGCCUAGCGAGCCCCUUCCCACUACGGUCCGACCGCCUGCACCAAGCUUUGUCGCCGCCACGCCGACUUUUUAAGCCGCCGUCAGGGGGCAUCCUGAACCACGCCGGUGCAAACGCCUCCAAUCCCAGCAAGACAGCGACUUUGUCAUGUCGCAGCGAGCUGAGCCCAUGGAGGAAGACAAGAAACCCAGCUCUGUGUCGGCAGAGCAGCACAACUUCGACAAUGCCAUUCGUGCCGUGCGGGAGAAGAAGCCGCCUCCAGAGGUCGACUUCACCUUGCACACCAUGGAAGACGGCACUCAGGUCAGCACACUGGAACGAGUAUGCAAAGAUGUGCAAGCACCGGCCUUCCACCCGCCUACCGACGAGCAGUUCUGGUCGCCGCACGAUCGCAGCAAGCCCAACCUGCAGUUUCUGAAAACGCACUUUUACCGCGAGGGCAGGCUCACUCACGAACAAGCCUUGUGGAUUAUCAAGAAGGGCACGGAGAUUCUGCGCAGGGAGCCAAAUCUACUCGAGAUGGAUGCGCCCAUCACGGUGUGCGGCGACGUCCACGGCCAGUACUACGAUCUCAUGAAGCUGUUUGAGGUUGGAGGUGACCCCGCUGAGACGCGUUACCUGUUUCUUGGUGACUACGUUGAUCGUGGAUACUUCAGCAUCGAGUGCGUUCUCUACAUCUGGGCGCUUAAGAUCUGGUAUCCGAACUCCUUCUGGCUGCUGCGUGGCAAUCACGAAUGCAGGCACUUAACCGAUUACUUCACCUUCAAGCUUGAGUGCAAGCACAAGUACAGCGAGGAGAUCUAUGAGGCGUGCAUGGAGUCGUUCUGCGCCCUCCCCCUCGCCGCCGUCAUGAACAAGCAAUUCCUGUGCAUACACGGCGGCCUUAGCCCUGAGCUCCACACUCUCGAAGACAUCAAAGCCAUUGACCGUUUCCGGGAACCGCCAACGCAUGGCCUGAUGUGCGACAUUCUGUGGGCCGAUCCGCUCGAGGAGUUCGGUCAGGAGAAGACGCAGGAGUACUUUCUUCAUAACCACGUGCGAGGCUGCUCGUACUUCUUUUCGUAUCCGGCUGCCUGCAGCUUCCUAGAGAAGAACAACCUUCUCUCCAUUAUUCGCGCACACGAGGCCCAGGAUGCCGGCUACCGCAUGUACCGCAAGACCCGCACAACGGGCUUCCCCAGCGUCAUGACCAUUUUCAGCGCGCCCAAUUACCUCGACGUGUACAACAACAAGGCCGCUGUGCUCAAGUACGAGAACAACGUGAUGAACAUCCGCCAGUUCAACUGCACGCCGCACCCGUAUUGGCUGCCCAAUUUCAUGGACGUUUUCACUUGGUCGCUGCCCUUCGUUGGUGAAAAGAUCACCGAUAUGUUGAUUGCUAUCCUGAAUACGUGCUCCAAGGAAGAGCUCGAGGAUGAGACGCCGCUUAUGUCAGGUCCGUCGUCGCCCGAGUUGAAGAGCGCAAUGGAUCCAGAGUCGGUCGAGUUCAAGCGCCGUGCCAUCAAGAACAAGAUCCUGGCUAUCGGCCGCCUGGCCCGUGUAUUCCAGGUGCUCCGCGAGGAGUCGGAACGUGUAACCGAGCUCAAGACGGCCACUGGUGGUCGUUUACCUGCAGGAACGCUCAUGCUUGGCGCAGAGGGCAUCAAGCAGGCCAUCCACAGCUUUGAAGAUGCCCGAAAGGUCGACCUACAAAACGAGCGUUUGCCGCCUAGUCAGGAGGAACGCAGACGCAGCAUGGAUCGUGAAAGGCAGAGUGCCCUCGAUCGGGCAUCUAAAGAAGCUGAGAACGAUCAAGAUAUCCAACGUGUUGCCCGGAGGAUUAGCCUGUCUGCGGGUUCUGGAAGGAGUCGUCCACCGGGCCGAUAAACUAGCCUAGGUGAAUUGGGGCGGCUGCGUUUUGUCGCGAGCCGGAAAGUCAAGUGCUAGUCGGAUUGUGGGUGGCAAAUCAGAGCAAUGGGUGUAUUCAGAGAAUAGAUUCACUUUGGGCCGUGAAAGCGGUUCAGCGGUGGCCGCUCGGUUUCUUCGUUAAUCUAUACGGCUCCGCCUGAUGGUCAGCACAAGGAGACGAUAUUGUGUUGUGUAACAAGGCUGCUGUAACUGUGUAAUGUCUACCGUGCGAAGCAUAGCCAGCGCGGAUACGAGAGCACGAAAUUCAUUGUUUCAAAGUUUUCCUCCGUCUAUGGAAUGGAGUGCGCAAAGUAUACCGCCGCAUCAAACAAACAUGACAAAGAAAAGAGAAAGAUAAAGAAAAGAAAAGCCGAGUGUUUUAGCCCGGUCACGAUUAGUCAUAGGUUCGUUGUGCACAAGUCAUUCGGCGCGAUAUGAAACAAGCUUUUUACAAUGCAAC